CACUAGUCCUGAGAUCCUCCACCUCAGAGAAGUAGUCCAGCCACUCCAGACUCAUCCACCCAGCUCACCCUCCAGGCUGCUGAGACUUCCCUCAACCGGCUCCACCUCAGGCUCACUGCAGAGACGAAGAAGAAGAUGACGAGGAUGCAGCAGCGCUCGCUCAGCUUUCCGGUCCUUCUCCUCCUGGUCUUCGUAGCUGGGAUAGUUCUGUCUGGUCCCUCCGCCCCACGCAGGAGCAGAGUACGGCGCCAGAACAUGAAAGUCCGGAUCAGCGCCACAGCAGACACCAUCGUGAUGAAGUUCCUGCGGCCCAACGCCGACACCAAGCUGGAGGGCUACAUCCUGGGCUACGGCAGCAGCAUGUUCUCCAAACAGUUCAUCCCGCUGCCCGAGGACGGGCGGCCGUACGUGUCUGAGAUGGACGCCGAGCCGAAGUACCUCAUAGCUGUCCAGCCCAUUCCCACCAACGAAGUGAAAAAGCACUGCACAGGGAAAGUUCAGCUGGAGAGGCCGCUGCACCUGGUGAUCGGGUCGGUGACGCCCACCUCCGUCCUCCUGUCCUGGGGGACGCUGCUGAAAACCCCUUAUGAAGGGAACAUCAUGGACGAGUGUCUGGAGGACGGACACUACACGGUGCGCUACCGUGAGCGGAGCAGGAAGUGGAACUACCAGACCUGCCCCACCAGCGACACCGUCAUCGACAACCUGAAGCCCAACACGGUGUACGAGUUCGGCGUGCAGCCCAGCUCCAAGGACGGCGCCGGGGCGUGGAGCAGGCCCGUCUUCCACAACAUCAGCUCCUCGGGCGUCGAGGAGAGGCUUGUCAGGAAAAUCUUCAAGCGUCCCAUCACCGCUGAGAAGCCCUUGACGCCGGGCCCCCACUCCUUCCCCUUCUCCCCCCAGCACGUUCUCCAUAACAAGACCCAGGGCAGACAGCCCUACUCUCGGAUCAUGGUCCCACAGACCACUCUGGCUCCAACCACAACUACUAGACAGGAAUCUCUGUCCACCGCCAGGCCCACACGUCCCCCUGUGGUCUACAAACAACCAAUCGGAGGAGAACACCUUGCCAGGCCCAGCUUGCCUCCUUCCUUAGAAGUUCCAGUAACUCCAAAGGUUCAGCCUCAACUGCACAAAACAACCACCAUGGCAACUGUGCCCAUGGCCAAAGAAAUUCAGGAGAAAAAGAAAGGGCAUUCCCACCAAAAUCCCCUGUCCAAACCCUCUGGAAAAUCUCAACCGAACUCCCACGUCCAACUGCAGUAUCGCUUACCAAAGCCCCAACCCCAACCCCAACCUCAUCCCCAACCCAAACCAUCUCAAUUACCUCCUCAACUAAUGCCCAGUUUAAAUGAUUCAUUUUUUCCAAAACCCUACACUCAAACAAAAUCACUCCCCCAGUCAACAACACAGCCAGACUCACUGACCAAACCACAACCCAAUACCAUGCCACCCAGACCUCAGACCCCCAAACAGCACCAACCAGCAAUCCAGUCCAAAGCUCAGCCCCAACCACAACCUCAAAAUUCACAGUCAACACACCACACCGAACCUAAACCCCAAACAACAGCCCUGCCCAAACUUCAUUACCAAUAUCUGCCAACAACAACCCAACCCAGACCUCAGAUAGAAGCAAAACACCAAACAAUUCCGCCUAAACAUCAGACCAAAGCACUGUCACAAGCAACAACCCAACCCAGACCUCAGACCCAAGCUUUUCCACAAACGACAAUCCAACCCAGACCUCAGACCCAAGCUUUUCCACAAACGACAAUCCAACCCAGACCUCAGACCCAAGCUUUUCCACAAACGACAACCCAACCCAGACCUCAGACCCAAGCUUUUCCACAAACAACAACCCAACCCAGACCUCAGACCCAAGCUUUUCCACAAACAACAACCCAACCCAGACCUCAGACCCAAGCUUUUCCACAAACAACAACGAAACCCAGACCUCAGACCCAAGCUUUUCCACAAACAACAACCCAACCCAGACCUCAGACCCAAGCUUUUCCACAAACAACAACCAAACCCAGACCUCAAACCCAAGCUUUUCCACAAACAACAACCCAACCCAGACCUCAGACCCAAGCAUUUUCACAAACAACAACCAAACCCAGACCUAUGACCAAAGCACAACCACGAACAACAAUCCAGUCCAGACGUCGGACCCAAGCACAAUCACGAGUAAAAACCCAACCAAGACCUAAGACUAAAGCAACAACCCAACCCAUACCUCAGACCCAGGCACUACCACAGACAAAAAUCCAACCCAAACUUCAGACCCAGGCACUACCACGGACAACAACCCAACCCAAACUUCAGACCCAGGCACUACCACAGACAACAACCCAACCCAAACUUCAGACCCAGGCACUACCACAGACAACAACCCAACCCAAACGUCAGACCCAGGCACUACCACAGACAACAACCCAACCCAAACGUCAGACCCAGGCACUACCACAGACAACAACCCAACCCAAACGUCAGACCCAGGCACUACCACAGACAACAACCCAACCCAAACGUCAGACCCAGGCACUACCACAGACAACAACCCAACCCAAACUUCAGACCCAGGCACUACCAUGGACACCAACCCAACCCAAACCUCACAUCCGACUGCUAUCCCAAACGACCCAACCACAGCUCCAAACAACAACCCAGCCUAAACCACAUAACCAACAACGUCAUAAAACUACAAUCCAUCCCAUACUUCAAAACCACCCACAACCCCAAACAACAGAACUGUCGCUAUACCUUACCAAACCACAAUCGACAACAUCACCACAUCCCAAAAUACAGACCCGCCCUCUGUCACAAGCUGAGCCAGACACUCCAUCUACAGUUCGGAAUCAAAUCCCAGCAGAAACUCAACCAAAGUCAACAAAAGCAAAGGCUGAAAUUAGCUCCAAGUCGCAGGCUAAGGCUCAACCUACACCUAAAACAAAAUCCAAGCUCACGCCACAAUAUAAACCCAAGCAGGAGCCCAAGCCCCAGCUGCCAUCCCAACCAAAAAAACAGCCGAAGCCUCAAACACAACCUCAACCAAAAAAGCCGCUGAAGUCUGAACAACCACAUGAGUUUAAAAAGCAACCAAAACCUCAGCCAAAGCCCAGAACUAGAGACCCACAGCCUCAGCUUCAGCCUCCAUUGAAGGCCCAGUCCCAAACCGAACCUCCACCCAAGCCCCAACCACAGCCUCAGCCUGAGCUUCAGGUUCAGCCUCAGACCAGGACCUCCUCUGAUCCCACCAAGGUUGCCUCAAGGCAGUCAGUCCCAACUGCUCCUAGUCCACCAGAAGAGGGCAAGCCUCUACCAAGACCUGCCCUGGCUACAGAGAAAGCUGGUAGUUCUAAUGAUGGUGCCAGCGUGCUCAGGUCUUCGGUUGCUGAAGCCCCCCGUUCUCCCGUUAGCCCAUCAGUUACAGCAGGAAGAAACGCCACCCUGUCUCGCGGCCGGGUCCCUCCUCCCUCUACUAAUCUUGGUGUCAGACCAUUCUCUCCAUCCAAGCCAGUCACCUCUUCUCACAGCUCCAACACGCCUGGCGCCAGUGGGGCGCAUCAUAAGGGCAAUGCUCUUCAUAAACCUGGGGUGUGGUCCAAAGAGAAACCUGCAGUUCUGCGCCCUCCUGUCCCUGGCAACAAGAGACCCAACCUGGUGGGAAACCCCAGUGACCGCGGGGAGGGCAACAGUGCUGGAUAUAAACCCAUGGAUCUGAAACAAGGAGACAAGGAGUCCAUCUUGAAGAGAUUCCCUCUGGUCACGGCCAAACCGAAGCAGGAGCGCCGGCAGCAGACGACCACCGCGGCGCCUGCGCUGAACACCACUCGCUUUGACAUUUAUGAAAACUCCUCCAUAUUCAGGCCUCUGCCUGCAUCAGACGUGGACUUCAUGGGAAAGAAGCGUUUCGUGGCUCCACAUGUGAUCUACAAGACGGAUAAGAAGCCCGAGGAGCCGUGCUCCAUCACUUCCUCCCUCACCUACUUCCCCGACGAGGAGGGCAGCGACCAGAACGUGACCGGCCCCCCCCGGGUCCCCCCGUCCAACCUGACCGUGGUCACGGUGGAGGGCUGCCCGUCCUUCGUCAUUCUGGACUGGGAGAAGUCCGACAACGAAACCAGAGAGUAUGAAGUUGUGUCGACAGCUAAAGGGCCGAACGGGCAGCAGGUGUCGAUACUGACCACCAACCAGACGCACACGGCCGUGGAGAACCUCAAACCGGAGAGCAGUUACGAAUUCAAAGUGACGCCGAAGAACGAGCUGGGGAGCGGACCGUCCACCGAGCCCGUGUCCUUCAGCACCGAAUCAGCGGAUCCGCGAGUGAGCGAGUACGUCUCAGGCAAAGACGCCAUCUGGACCCAGUUCCCGUUCAAAGCCGACGCCUACUCCGAGUGCAACGGGAAGCAGUACGUGAAGAGGACUUGGUACCGGAAGUUCGUGGGCAUCCAGCUGUGCAACUCGCUGAGAUACAAGAUCUACCUGAGCGACUCGCUCAACGGGAAGUUUUACAACAUCGGCGACCAGACGGGCCACGGCGAGGACCACUGCCAGUUCGUGGACUCCUUCCUGGACGGCCGGACUGGAAGUCAGAUGUUCGCUGACCAGCUGCCCAGCAGACCAGGGUACUUCAGAGCCAUGAGGCAGGAGCCGGUGAACUUCGGGGAGAUCGGGGGAAAGUCCCACGUGACUUACGUGGGCUGGUACGAGUGUGGAACGCCCAUCCCCGGGAAGUGGUAGGACCCCCUCCUGAAGAAGACCCCAGGGGGCCUUGCAGGGAGGGGGGCCUUCCUCUACGCCGCCACGGACACUGACUGUCUGAACCCACCCGCUGUCCAGGGUGGGACCCGCUACUGGACUAUUAGGUGCCACACAACACUCUCCGGAGUGCAUCUGUAACAACAUCACUUCUCUAUUUAUCAAGCGAGGGACGAGAGAACGAACCAAAUCUUUGAAUAUAAAGUAACCGCGGAGGAAAUGUUGGGAAGCUGGCUCCCAAAGUGGAAUAACUUGUAUGAUAAUAUUUAUCAAGGGAUGGUUAUUGAAUUUUCUGUGUGUGCUCAGGCUUUGGAGACGAAAACGUACAAAGAAAAAAAACCAACAAUGUUCCAAACACUUGUGUUGCGCGUCAGUGGGCGCACCCAUUGGAGAAACGAGGCUUUCGUUGUACAUGUGAAGAGUAAAAUACACACAGACAUGCAGAAUGGACCUUCUGCUGGCCCUAAGGGAUUCAAAGCAGCUGCAGUUUGCACAGUAUUAAACUUUUGUUCAUAUAUGUAUAUUGGUGUGAAAUACAGCAGAUUUACAGUUGGAUGCAUUUCAGGUAAAACCCUCCGAUCGAUCAGACGGCGUUCGCCAAGCGUCGGUCGGAAAGCCGCAGCUUGAGCCCAGCUUUUGUAUGGGGCCACUUGGAAACAAAAGAGUUUUGUAUUUUUAAUGCCAAUGCAUUUGUGUCCUGUAUGUUAAAAAAAGGAAUAAAAAUAUAUAU